UAAUAUUCAAAUGUUCAACCUAGAAAUCCAAAGAUAGGGUUAGACGAAGGAAAAAACCGAAAAAAUGAGCAAUUCGCAAACCAAAAGAAAAAUUGACGCCAUGUGGUCUUCAACACAAAACUUUGUUGCAGAUUGACUCGCAGGUGUGUGACGCCUUUUUUUCUCACCGGAUCAAGAUCAACACGUGAGUUGACAACUUUGGUUUAAACUUUAAAGAUUAUAAACAUGAUCACUAAUUUUAUUAUAUUUUUGACAAAGAGGUCGCUAAACUUUAAGACUUCACCAACCUGUUGCCUAAAAUCUGUGUAUGAAAUGAUCACUUAGCCCAACUCCAUCCAUCUACUCUACUUAUAAUACGCCGAAGCCUAAAACUGAACCCCCCAUUUUGAAUUUGCUGCCUCCGAAGCGUUUCUCGGAGGGGUAUUUUUGGACACGGAAAAAAUACCUCGGUUCAUAUUGCGUUGAACGGGCCUGGUGGUUUAUUUGUUCCGUCGGUACGAUCAGCGCUCGCUCCCUUCAUUGAUUUCACCGUCGAAUACAGUCAGCGCGCUGUCUCUGGCCAAUGUCUUCACCGACGGAAUCCGUUCGCCUUAUUUUGUGUGGUCAGUCGGAGCAGCGCUCUCCCCGUUCUGUGUCUUCACCGGCGAAAUCAGUAAGCGCGCUCUAUCCGUCCAGUUCUUCGCCGUCGAAAUUAGACACCAUUCGAGCGCUAGUUGUCACCCCAUGGUGUCGAUUCAUUGAACUGCAGUUAUGAAGGUAACCCGACUCUCCGUACUUUGUCUUGACCCCCGAAAUCAGGUAGAAUUAAAGUUUCAGCUCCAUGUAGGGUUGAGUUUAGUUAGGUAAUCGAAUUCUACGUUGUCCGUCUUCACCGCCUAAAUCAGUAAGAAAUCUAUUUUCGAAUUCAUGUAUGUUUAAGAUGAGUUAUUCGUGGUUGGGAUUCAAGGUUCAGGAUGGACCUUUUUACCUCGAAGGGUUGUGCGAACAGGGUCUGAAAGCUUUGUUGUUAUCAAAGCUUUGGUGGUUCAUUCGUAGCAGCUUAACUCCUUUGUCUGGUAAUUUGAGUUCUAACUGCUGGCUUGAUUUGAUCUGUAUCCCAACAGAGUUUGGUUUUCUUCUAUUAUUAGACCUUUAACUUCAUAGCCUGUAGAUUGGAUUUGUGCUCCAUACCCUACACACGAACAACAGAACAUAGAUGAUCUAUUUUAUUUGUUCGAAAACCAGAAGUGGAUUCUCUUUGUUACUCACCUGUUUUGAGGUAUAAUCAAUAUAGUCAGUGCAUAGUGUUUUUAAAGCAUCAAAUGUUGCAGCAUUGCAUGGCAAUUCAUCAGGCAUCAACAGGAGUCUUCGUUAGUCUUCACCUUGUGCGUUAUUUCUCGGUUAUGGAUUGGUGGUCAUUAGUCAAAACCCAAUCUCACAACUUGGUAACUAUUGUUUUUCCAGGGAAUGUCGGGCAGUCUUUUAUAAUCUUGAAGAUGAGGGACAACGCUUCAUUUUAUCUGCUGAGGAAGAAUUUGUGUUUGAAAAAGGUACAUAUCCAUCGGUCUUCACGUUCACCAUGCCUCCCCUAUUAUAAAUUGUUUUGAUUCAUACUUAUAUGUAAUUUUGCAGCACAAAGCCAGUUGCAAGCUGAACUGCAAUGUAUUGAAAAAGUUAUUUCCCAACUAGCACGACAGAGGAGACAUCUAAUUUUAAAAAGGAAGUGCAAGCGCAAGCGAAUGAAUGUCAUACAUAAACAACUUGAGCAAUUGAAUGGUUGGUAUUUUGUUGUGUGUUUGUCUUAAUCUGAAUUUAUAGUGAACUCAUAUUGUUUGUUUUUAAAAUUAUUUAGAUACUGGAAGGUUGGAGACUGAGUAUCUUAAUAUACUCAGCAAACGAAAUCGGUUGUACCGCCGUAUCCAUUUGGUCGAAAAACGUCGACGCCAAUCCCUUCUCCAAAAUCGGUCCAACCAGAGUAUGUGUUGUCCAAGAUGGGAGAAUAUAUUUCUUGUAGAUGUUGGUGUAUUGUUCUUUUGCAGUUCACAUUUUGUUCAUCUUUUGGAUAUAAAUGUAAAGGGGAUAAAAUUAUUCUUAUUAUUACAAUUCUGGAAUGACAUAUGUGUCUUUGCAUUUCAUUAUUCUCAUCAUUACUUCUGUAUACUGGAUAAAUUUUUCUCAUUAUGUUCUGUGUUAUAGGUCUUCCAAUUGUCGAGUUUUUCGAUAUUGGAUUCCCAUCAUGCACUUGUCUACAUUGUGGUGCUGUGUUUUGGCGGUAUGAGAGCACGUCGUCCCCAAGGAAUCAUUCAAAUCCUUCGUUUGGUUUGUGUUGUAAGCAUGGUAAGGUGAAGCUUCCUACGCAUAGAGAUCCUCCAGAAUUCUUGAAGACCUUACUUGAAGAUGAUACUGCAGAAAGCCGUCAUUUCCGCUCUAACACGAGAGGUUAUAAUGGUAUAUUUUGUUUCAUUUCCAUCAGUGGGAAAGUUAAUCACUCCAUUAAUGAUGGAAAAGGUGUUUACGUGUACUCAAUUGAAGGUCAAAUUUAUCAUCGAAUUGGAAGCUUGGUUCUGACGGUGUCAGUCCUAAAUUUGUACAACUAUACAUUCAUGAUUCAGACAAUGAGGUUCAAAAUUGCAUGGAAUUUUACUCUUCAGAUCCUGAUAGGAAUCCCUUACGCGCAUCUAUUGUUCAAGGUCUUCAAGAAAUGCUUGAUGCGAAUAAUGUUCUGGUACGUACUUUUCGUUCUGCGAGAGAUAAGAUAGUUGAGUCUGGUGUUAAUGAAUUUCAGCUUAAAUUAUUUGCUAAGAGGGAAGGUAAUGGUAGGGAAUACGAUUUGCCCACUACAAAUGAGAUUGCGGCGUUGAUUGUUGAUGAAACCGAAAUUGAAACAUUCUCUCUUGAUAUAAUCGUUCAACAUCGUAGUUCUGAGAUGGAAAGGAUAAGUUCGUAUCAUCCCAGUCUUAUGCCUUUACAAUAUCCAAUUUAUUUCCAUAUGGAGAAGAUGGGUGGCAUCCAAAUAUUAGUUUUCUUCAAAAUACAAGUGGUGGAGGGGAGAAAAUGGUAUUGCAAUGUGAUUAUUAUAGCUAUCGUCUGCAAACUAGGGUUGUUGAAUCAAAUUCUUUGUUACUCUUUGGGAAAUUAUUUCAACAAUAUAUGGUGAAUGCAUAUGCUCUAAUUGAGGCGGAACGCUUGGACUGGAUGCGUAACAAUCAGUCAAAGUUAAGAGGGAACCAUUAUCAGGGGUUGGUAGAUUCUCAUUUGCAAGGUAAUAGUGAUCUUAAGCUGUCCGGAAAGCCAUUGAUUCUAGGGGCAUCACAUACUGGAAGUCCAAGUUACAAGUAUGAAAAUUUCCAAGAUGCUAUGGCCAUUUGCAAAUGGAUUGGAUAUCCUGAUUUGUUCAUCACAUUCACAUGUAACUCGAAUUGGCCUGAGAUUCAAUUGAUGAUUGAUUUGAUUAGACAAUUCACUGCAAGGAUCCUAAUCGAGCUGAUGUAAUAGCAAGAUUUUUCAAGAUUAAACUAGAUGAAUUGACAAUGGAGAUUGUGGGCAAGGAAAUUUAUGGCAAAAUCAGUGCAUGUACGUCCCAUUUGUAAAACCUUAUAUAUUCUUAUUUUCCAGUUCAUUACCUAUGUAAUUAGGGUUUCUGAUCAUUCUUUUCUUUUUUACGGAUGUAAAAGCGCUUGAAUGGCAAAAACGUGGUCUCCCUCAUGCACAUAUGCUUUACUUCUUGGCCCCUGAGAAUAAGCUUUAUGGACCAGCUGAUAUUGAUUCUGUAAUUUGUGCUGAAAUCCCAGAUCCUGACCUUGAUCCUGAGCUUUAUGCAAUAGUGACUGCUUCUAUGAUGCAUGGACCAUGUGGGUUAUUACGGCCGACUAAUUCAUGCAUGAAGAAUGGUAAACGUAGUAAACAUUACCCAAAAGAAUUUUGUGAUAAGACAACAAUAGAUGACAAUGGGUUUGCCAAAUACCGUCGCGCAAUAAUGGUAAAGUAUUCAAGUGUGGAGAAAUUGAGCUUGAUAAUCGAUGGGUUGUACCCUAUAAUCGAUAUCUAUCACUACGUUUUGGAGCUCAUAUCAAUGUUGAAUUUUGCAACAAAACAAGGUUAGUGGGUCAUUCUUCCCUUCUUAUUUUUUAUAUUAUUUCACAGUUGUUUGUUGCAUUCAAUAUGCGUACUGAAUAUUAUAAAGUAGUUAAACGAAUUAGUUUAUUUCAAAUUUAUUUAUUUCUAUCGUUGUUAUUAAUUUUUAUGGGAGGUAUAGUUCACAUAAGGUCAUGUAUUCUAUAUAUCAACUAAUUCCUCUAGACACAUGAACUAAAUUUUUUAAGGCUGUCAAAUAUUUGUUUAAGUAUAUAAACAAACCUGAGGAUCGUGCUAUGGCAACUUUGGCUAUGCAACAAAAUACAUAAGGUGUUUUGUCUGGCUCUUCGAAGAACACAGUAGUGCAAAUUGAUGAAAUUAAAGCAUUUAUGGAUGCCCGUUACAUAACAUCUGGUGAAGCGUGCUGGCGAAUAUUUAAAUUUGAUAUUUAUAAUCAGUCUCCACCUGUUCUUCGAAUGUCAUAUCAUUUUCCUGGAGAGAAGAUAGUGUAUACCAAUGCAAAUUUCCGUGUGCAAGAUGUAAUUGAAGAUAAAGGGAAAACAAUGCUUUUGGCAUGGAUAUAUCUAAAUGCUAAGUCACCCAAAGCUCACAAAUACAGCUUUGCUGAACUGCCACAACAUUAUGUUUGGAAGAAUAGGAGAAAGGUGGCUAAAGCGUAAGAGAGGAAUGUGUAUAGCAAGACUAUAUAACUGUUAUCCAUCUGCACAAGAUAGAUACUACUUGCGUAUGUUAUUGCACGUUGUGAAGGGUUGUUGUAGCUAUGAGGAUAUUAGAACCGUGAAUGGUAUUACUCAUCCUUCAUUUCAGAAAGCAUGUUAUGCACGAGGUUUGCUUGCUGCCGAUACUGAAUGGAAUGAUUGUCUUAAGGAAUUUUCUUUUUGGGCUACUGGGUAUAAACUUAGGAAACUAUUUGUGAGUAUACUUAUUCAUUGUCAAGUGGCUGAUGUCCAAUCCUUUUGGGAGACUGAUUGGAUGAUAUUUAGCGAUGCUAUUUUGUACUCCAAAAGAAAACAGCUGAGGCAGCCACAUUGAACUUGGAUGAGCAUAUCAUUAAAGAUAUGUGUUUGCUUUCCAUAAAUGAGAUAUUGAAUAAUUAUUCCAAGACAUUGGCUGAUUUUCCUGGAUUGCCAAUUCCUGAACAGUGUAUGGCAUCACUUGAUAUCAAUAGGUUGGUUGUCGAAGAGUUGAGUCAUUUCUCUACUGACAGGUAUUCUGAAAUAGAUGAUGUUUAUACGAAGUUGAAUGUUGAACAAAUAAUUGCUUUUGACAACAUUUUGGAUUCAACAGAUAAAGGUGGGGGCAAAACUUUCUUUGUUGAUGGUUACGGUGGUACUGGAAAAAUCUUUUUGUGGCGAGCGAUUUGUACAAAACUGAGACGAGGGAAAAUCGUGUUAUGUGUUGCAUCAUCUGGUAUUGCUGCUUUGCUAAUGGUGGGAGGAAGGACUGCACAUUCAAGAUUUUGCAUUCCUAUCAAUUGUGAUUCUAAGUCAACAUGUCACAUAGAACAAGGUUCAGACUUAGCACAAUUGAUUCAAAAUACUUCUCUGAUAAUCUGGGACGAAGCACCGAUGGCUCAUAAGCAUAGUAUAGAAGCUUUGGACAAGACAUUGAGGGAUAUCUUAUUAACCAAAGUUGUUAAUUCUGGUAACACGGUUUUGGUGGUAUGACCGUGGUUUUUGUUGGUGAUUUUAGGCAAACACUACCUAUCAUUGCUAAAGGUACUAGGACGGAAAUAGUUAACAGUUCUAUUAAACGGUCAUAUUUGUGGGGUUCAAUGAUUGUCCUGAAGUUAACACAAAAUAUGCGGCUAGCCCAAGGCAAUUCUGCAAAUGGUUCAAAUCUUGAACUUGAACAUUUCAGUAAAUGGCUUUUGGAAAUUGGUGAAGGAAGGCAUAGUAAUGUUUUUGGGGAAUCGAUUAUAUCUAUACCACCAGAGAUAUCUGUAAAUCGAAGGUCAAAUCCUAUCUCUGAUAUUGUUGCUGAAAUUUAUCCAGACUUGGUUACUCAACAUAAUUAUGGCAAUUAUUUCGUCGAGCGUGCUAUCUUAUCACCACACCAUGACACUGUGUCAACUGUUAACAAUUAUGUCUUGGGACUCUUUCCCGGACAGGAGGUUACUUAUUGUAGUUGUGAUUCUAUUGAGAUUGAUGCUAAGGAAACCCAUGUCAUUGAGGACGACUAUACUGUUGAAUUCUUGAAUUCUUUGAAGAUUGGUAAUUUUCCAGAGCAUGAGUUGAAAUUGAAGGUCGGAUUCCCUGUUAUUCUUCUUCGAAAUAUGGAUCAAAGCAUAGGUCUUUGCAAUGGAACUAGAAUGGUUGUCAAGCGAUUGGUUUAAUGGUUGUCAAGCAAUUCGUCUAGACUUCUGUCAAGGUAAACUUCUUUUCCAUCUUAGCACAAUCUAGCUGAAAAUUUUAAAUCCGACAUUUGUGUUCAAUUCAGAAAUUAUAUUUUAGUCAAUUUCAUUAGCUAUCUGAUUUCUAUGUUUUCUGCAUAUUUCAUCCAACCUAGAAAUAUUACCAGAAUUCGAUAGGACUAAAAAUUAUCACAUUCUAUAUGUUUUAAAAAUCUCACUAGACUUGGUGUUCUAUCCAUUUCCUUCGUGGUACACAAAAUACAGACUGAGUUCUGGAUUCGGAUUUAUGUAUUCACUUACAUACAUAACCGCUUCUGUAUCACUAUCCCACCUACAUACAUAGCAGCCUGAAUCGUGUAGCAGAUAGUGAUAUUCGACUUGCUUUUAAUGCCGAAACCAUCUUGACUCAGGUGGAUGAUGAUACAAACAUUGAAUUUUUCAGCUUUCGGUUUCUCCCCGUCAGUCAAUUCUGUCAGGCUCAUCAGAAUCAGUUGAAUCUACCAGGUAUUUGUUUUGUGCACCUGCUUGCAACUAAUAUCCAUUGUUCUGCUAAACCGCACCUCAAAUCAAAUUUUUUUGGUCUACCAUAUUUGGUUGGUGUUAUUGUUGAAUGUGCACCCACCGAGUUCUUGCAUCCUUGCUUGCCUUUAUGGAAGAAACGCAUCACCAUCCGAUUAAUUGAGUUUGUUCUGGAUUUUUUCCCUAAUUAGUUUUUUUUUGUAUGCAUGAAAUAACACAGAUGAAUAAUAGAUUUUUCCUUUUUUGAUAGAGGUGUGUUAGCGAAUGUAUUUUUAUGGGAUCAAUGAUCAGAGGCUUUGAGAAUAACAUAUAUGAUACUGAAGCUAUAGGACAGGUAGCUGUGUUCACCUCUCUGUAUAUUGAUGAGCAAGAAGGUAAUUCAACUUAAUAAAUUGCUACUGUUUGAAUUAUUAUGCAUCAGAAUGCUUAAUGUGAACACGCGAAUUAAGUGAUGUUGUGAAACUUCUCGAACUGUUAAUCAUGUGCUUACUAGAAUCUUAUCGUGUGAUGCAUCUCUACUUGAUAAAUAGUCCAGUAUAGAAAACCCUUCUGGCAUCAUACAUCUAUUGCCUAUGUGUAAUACAUCUAUGGAUAGCAGUAGUACUCACUGUAUAAGAGUAUAAAAUUAGUCAUUUAGAAUUAUGAAUUGUGAAUCAUAGGGAAGUGCAGUAGUGUUUGAGUGUCUAGAGUGAAAAGUACAUGUUUUUUCUACUGUUAAACUCAGUUCAGUAGGCUUUUUGUAUUCCAAAAUGUUUUGAUUCUUGGUUUUGUUGCUUCACAUAUUAUUGCCUUUAGCUGAUGUGUUUAGCUCAUUAUCCAGCAGCAUGAUUAAAUGUUAUGAUUUUUGUUGAAUAGAAUUAGUAUGCAAAGCUAAGUGGGCCUGUAACUUGAAGCUUUGAAUUCAGAGAUUUUAUAGUGACUUUUACUGAUUCGUUUGUUUUGUCCAUGCACCAUAGGAUACUAUUCCUUUCGAGCAUCUCGAGCUACCAAGGUCUAUUUGAACAUUCAUUGUCCUCGCUCCAUCCUUUCUUAGAUCGGUAAUUGUUAAACAACUAUUUUUCCACUAUCAUUCCAUUUAUGCUUGAACAUCAUUGUAAUUUUAUUUGUUAUUUUUCACUACUCAAUAUAGGAAUGGUGAACUAAAUCUAGGACCAACUGACAUGGUAAGAGACCUUUCCUAUGAGCAAGAUGUGGGUACAUUACAAUUCACUCAUGCUGAACAACUCAAUUUGAUGAGAUUUGACUUUGCAAAUAUGAGAAACACUGUCAAUAUCUAAACCAUCCAUGUCAAAGUCUUUCUUUGACAAGUACUAUAUGUGAUUCCAAGUUCUUAUCCUUUUUUUUUGGGUUUCUUUUGAUAGGGAAAUACAUUUAUGCUUAGUGAAAGUGUAAAAGAGGUGUCUAUCUCAUGUUCACUUGAUGCUCAAUCAAGUAUUGUUUAUUUUACAAUUAAUGAUCCUAGCUCAACAUUGGAAGUCAUGUUCCCCACUGCUCAGCUGAGACAGAUUGCUAGAAAUGUCUUCACUGCAGAUAAUCUUGAUUGGGAUGUGAACUUCAGGGCCAUUCUUAGUUCCAUACAUGGAAACCCCUAUCAUUUUAGUGUCGAAGUUGGGGAGUGGAACGAAACAGCGAAUCGCUGUGAUUUGAUCCUGCUGAAGUUGUUUGUUGUAUAGGUCUUUUAGCUUUGGUAAACGAUGGUGGCCUCUUUUGCAUCUUAUUAGGGGUUUGCUUAUGGCUGUUCAACAAAUAAUUAGACUCUUUCUAUGGGUUUUUAUUUAAGUGUUAGUAUGAUUGUGCAAGAGAGUAGCCCUACCAGGUUUGAAAUGGAUUUCUAUGUAAAUAUUCAUACGUUAUUCUAUUAUCAAUUUUACAAAUGCAUUGUUUAUGUCCUUUUGCCAGAUCAUAUGUAGAGUCGUUUCCAUUUUUGUCUAUGUUAUGGUUUCGAUAGUAUGCGUAAUAAGUGAUGCUUUUUGAGCAAUUUGGGUUCAUCUUUCAUCUUUAACUUUUGCAUGGUUGGGAAUCCAUUUUCCAGAAGAAAAAUUACUUAGUUUGUUGGAAAUCCAUCUUUCAUCUUUAACUUAUUCCAUAUGUGACCGAUUUCUAUGCUUUUUUGUUUUAUCUUCAGGAUCAAGUGGGAUAAUUACUCCCUCAUUUGUUAACCUUAAUUUAUUACUAAUGAUAGAGUUUGUCCAUCUAGAGGGCUUGAUAUAGUUUCGUUAGAUGACAUUGUUGGUGUUAGUUAACAGUGGAGAGUUCUGCAUAACAUAAACUUCGAUUGUUGAGUUGUGUUUGUGUCUGCCACUUGUUUUGGUAUUGGUUCUUGAGAGGUUGGUCUGCAUUCUUUCCUCCUAUUUCCCCACUGCUCUGUCGCAUGGGUUUUACUGACCAACACCGCCAUGUUUUGUAACCUUGGCUUUUGCCUCUCCUUUAAAAAAAACAAAACUUUAACCCAUUCAUAAUUCAACAAUCACAUCUGCAUGAGAAUUAUUGUUUAUGGAUCGAGCAAAAUGUAAGUUGAUGAUGAAUGGUGUUAAACAAGAAUGUGGCACUGAAAAGGACAAGAGAAUGUGAAGCACGAAUAAGGAUAUGAAUUAGGCAAAACCGAAACAUGAAACGACAGAAGCAGAGCCUCAUGUAUUCAGCAAACAUCUGAAUUCAAUGCGUGGCGGUAAUUAAGCAUGUGGAUUAAGCAUGUGGAUUAGUCCACCUUUUCACAUACUAUCUCCAUGCUAUCCAUCAAUCUGAUUUUGAUACAAAGCGAUGUUCAUGGACUAUUAUCAUUGCAUCCAUACAACAACAAAAUAAACUACCAACAAUAAGACAUUCAUACAAUUUUUUAUGGAACACCGCUAAACGGAUGAAGUACUUGCAAAAGAGUGUUGCGUUUACAAUUCCAGUAUUCUUAAAGGAUAGGAGAAAUGAUAUACAAGUGGACUACUUAGAAACAUUACUAGAUUUCAUUCAGAUUGCGUAGAUGGUAAUCAAUUGCCUAAAGGCAAGAACAACUUUACCAAGAACAGCUCAAAAUAAUUGAACAUGUUGUUCCAGGGACCGAUUGUGACCAUGACCUCAUAAUUGUUUGCACCAAGCAAGUUGAGUAGUGUUUCAAAGUCGGCAUUGCCAGCAUCAUUGCGACUAACUAUAGAUGCAAUUAUCCUUCGUAAGUAUGACGAUGGGAAUACCACCUCAACAUCACUGAAUUGAUCCUCAAUAGUUAAGUGGAUCAAAUGUACUCUAGAUUGAGCACACCAAGAAGACCUCACUUUUGUGACACGUCCGGAUAAGAGGUAACAAGUGCCCUGGUAUUUAAUUAAAAAUCAAUAUAUUUGAGAAAAAACAACAAAUAUGAAAUAUUAUAACUAUAUAACUAAUGGGGAACGAUGCAUAACAAAAAGCUUAUUUGGAUUACCUCAUUAUCACCAUUCACUUGCAAUAGUAUAAGAUCCACGGUAUCAACAACAUGAGACAUGGCUACGGCUUCUUCAUAGCUCAGAUUUGCAAUGAAAUCAGGAGCAACGAUAAAAUGCCAAUAAAUUU